UACUACUUGCUAUUCAACACAAGCUUUAAUUAAGUAACCUAGCUAUUCAUCAUUUCUGUCAACAAAAUAAGGGAAAUUAACAAAUAUUAUACUCAACUAUAGUUGAAGAUCGAUCUGAAUUAUGUCAGGGAGAAGGUCGAGGCAGUCAUCAGAAGGGGGCACCUCCAGGAUUUCAGAUGAUCAGAUCAUACAACUCGUCUCCAAAUUGCAACAACUUCUUCCUGAAAUUCUCAAUCGUCGAUCCAACAAGGCAUCAGCAUCUAAGGUGCUCCAAGAAACAUGCAACUACAUUAUAAAUUUGCAUAAAGAGGUGGAUGAUCUCAGUGAUCGACUUUCUCAGUUAUUGUCAACCAUUGAUGCUGAUAGUCCAGAAGCUGCAAUUAUUCGUAGUUUAAUUAUGUAAUUUUCAAUCAUUUAUUUAUAUAUUACUAUAUUAUAUAUAUUUCGAUGCAUUAAUCUACUAUAUAGUUCUGUGUUUCUUCUUAAUUCCUCUCUAGACCUUGGUCAAUAUUAAAUAGGCCAAUCUCACAACUAAUGAUGUGUUUGUAAUGAUGUUUCCCAAUUUUAAUUAUGGACUUUAA